AUGUCUGAAAAUGACGUUAAGCUGUGUAAACCAAAAACUCCAGAGAAUUGUCACGAGCAAGAAAAUAAGAUACUUAAGCAGGAACUGCGAUGUCUGCGACAAAAAAUGACAUCAUUUAAAGAAGAACAAAAGAACAUUACUGAAGGUUUGUUUUCAGGCUACGAGAGAAUGAGAGAGUUGCACGAAAAACACAAAAUGGAAAAUGAAUGUUUAAAAGCGGAAAUCUCUUCCAGUAUUUUAAAGGUCAGGUGUUUAAGAGAUAGAAUGGAGGCAAUGUUAUGUUGCAACGGAAGAUCAGAUACUGAAGAUAAGACUUUGUCAUUCGACGACCUAGUAGUGUCUAUCGAAGCAAAAUAUUUACAGGGCCGUAUGGAAUCAUUGAUAAUGGAAUGGAAAUCGUUGAAAAAUGAACGAGACCGCUUUUGUCACUUAGCAAACGAUUGCAAAAGAUCUCUGGACAACCGAAACGCUGAAUUAGCUCAAGCCGAGGAAAAAUUAGGCGAUUACGAGAUGAUAAAAACGAAAUUAUGCAAAUAUGAGGAGGAAUUCACCGAAAUGAAAGAUGAACUAGGAGUACACAUUCAAAAAGAAAAUGACUUACAAUUGUUGAUAGACCAAUUGAAUAGCGAGUUGAAAAUUGCAAAUCAAACAAUUGCCGACGAACGGUCCACAAAUGCUCGAAUACAAAGUACAUUGGACAGAUUGGUUUUAAAUAUGACCGAGAUAAAUUCCGUUAAUGCAGCAGAUAAGCAAAAGACUAAUGACUGCAUAGAACACCUUAAGUUAGAAAAUUCUGCAUUAAAUGAUAAAAUAAUUCUAAAUGAAAUAACAAUCGCACAACAAAUGAAGUUGUUACAUAAAGCUAUAGAGGUUAUUAAAGUGUAUAAGUCCGAACUUAAUAAACCGAUUACAUCUACAGAACAGCAAUGUGCAGGUGAACCGCAGCCGAAUCUGCAGAAAAUAGAGUUCGGAUGCAGGCCGCAAACAUCAGAUGAGAGCAGAGCACGCGCUCGAAUUGAAAUUGAUGAAACUUUAAAAAGAUUCGAAAAGUACACAACAGAAUUCAAAGAAGUCGCAGCGGAAACAUCGACUGACAACGAACCUGUCAAUGAAUUAUAA